GAACUAUGUGAUGAUGGUAAGUGGACCAAAUAUAUCAAUAUCUAAAUUUAUAAUGGCCUCAUCAUAGAUUUACACUUCACCACCACCUCACCUCAAGUCACAUAUAUAUAAGUAUAUGGUCUUGUCAUUAUUCCAUUAACACGAAAAUCUGAGAAGAAUCAGAAGAUGAGUCAACCAAUAAGAAAGAUAAGCUUCUCAUGGGAAAAGAAGCCUGGUGUCUCCAAAGUAACAACUACUACUCAUGGUGAAAAUCUGAUCCCAAAAGAGGAAGAGUUUUUGGCCAAGUUGCCACCACCACCUUGCACACCAGAAGAAUCAAGUGCUACUCAUCAUCACAAAAACCACCACCCUCUUCUUGAUUUUCAAAUUCCACUUCCUCCUUGUGCUUUUCAGCCUCCCUUUUAUAGAACUUCCUCCAAGAGGGGCCUUUGGGUUCAAGACAAAGACCCUUUCUUAGCAGCUUUCAAAGAGUGCACCAAGAAUCAUCAGAAAACUAGUGCUAAGGUGAACAAAAAGUUGAUCAAAGAUGGAAUUGAGGCAAGGGUAAGGAAGAGCAUGUCCUUUUUCUCAUGUACUCGAUCAUGCACCGUUCAUGACACUAAUUUGGUCAGGAUCUCUCAUCUAGACAAAGAUUAAUGAUAUGUUUUAACUUUCUUAGUUUAUGUUCUAUUGAAGAGAUUUCUGUACAAGUCAAAAUCUAGUAUAAUAGGUGUGUGAAGAAUAAUCCAAGUGAGAAUGAUUAUUCUGCUACUGCUAAGUACGAUUUCUGUUCAUGAUGGAGAGCAUUAUGGUUAGCUUAUUCUUGUGCUUCCGAUGGCCAUUGUUGACUAGAAAAUCAAAAGCAGUAUAUGUAUGAAUUCAGCACUCCACGUACCCGUGUAUGACUUUGCAAUGGAUAGUUAUUAUCUUCUAAAAUACUACUAUGUCUUAGGCAUACCUUUGAAAAUUUAUUUAGGAAAUUUGUUUAGUUGCAUACAUACAACUUGAAUAAAUAGUGUUGAUUGAAAUUUCAA